AUGGAGAAUAUCACUAUAGCAGAAGAAAAAAACCUGAUUGAAACACAUUUACUUUUCAACCACUCGAAUAGCGCUUCCAGAUCAGCCGGCGUUUACCAGAAAUGGCCAAGGAACCGUGGUAUUUACAUAAACAAGACGAAAACAUUCUAAGUCUGGAUCAGCGAAACAGAUCACACACGUAUAAUCUCAAUGCAGCCCGGCGGACGCAUUGAUCAAGUCUAUUCGAGACUAGUAGAAGGUGUACGUAUAAUUGAAAAGCAGCUCCGUUUUGCACACAGUGAUCGUCUUGGUUACAUAACCUUCUGCCCAACUAACAUUUGGACCACACUAAGGGCCUCAGUUCAUAUCAAAAUCCCUAAGCUAGCUGCUAAUAAGGACGUUUUGGGAAAGCUGUUUGAUGACUACAAUCUACAAGUACGUGGGACAGAUGGUGAUGGUAUCGGCAUAUUCGGAGAUACAUUCGAUAUAAGCAACAAACGUAGAAUGGGCCUUACAGAAAUACAGGCAGUGGUAGAAAUGGCAACCGGUGUAAAGGCCAUCAUAAAUAAAGAAGAAAAUUUAUAGAUGUUUGUCGAGCAGAUUAAAUAAAGCACACAUUUGAUAUUAAAAGUACUGAUUUUUAUAUAUUUAUUCUUUUAUUUAUUUAACAGAAUAGCACAGCCACCUCUUUGUAUAUGUAUAUAUGCUCACAUUUAUAACAUUUAUGAUACGUUUAUUCUGAAUUGUGUAUGUUGUCAUUCAAUAACUAUCAUGCUAGUAAAUGCGACUGAUGAGAAAUAAUGGAAGAACUUUAUAAGAAAGAACGUUUGCACAAGUGACAAUAAUCAAAGGGAAGCCGUGAUCAAAAGAUCUUAGCGUGUCGGACGCACAGCCCCUGGGUCGUGGAUUCAAGUCCCAUUUGCAUCAAGAUCUCACUUUUUCCGUAUGACACCAGCACUGUUGUUAUCAGGAGAUGAACUUGAGAGUGGUUACAAUAAGCUUGAAGCUUCAUCACAAUCGAGCUAAAAUGGUUUGACAAUGGAAACAAACGCAUACACGAAUCUUUCUUAUAACUCUUAAUGAGUAUUCUGUUUGUAUGGCAUUGUUUGUUCCAACUACCUCAG